GCCAGGGCCGGGGGGGAGGGAAACAAGAUGGCGGCUGCGGGAGGGGGUCCUCGCUUUUCAGCUCCCCCCUCACCCGCCUUCUCCUUCCCCGCCGCCGCCCUCGCUCCAGGAGAGCGCUUUCGCGCCGCCCCCGCCCCGCUCGGGAAGCCCCCUGCUUCCCACUCCCUGUCCCCCCCCCCCCCCCGCGCGCAGUCCCUGGUCCCCGUAGGCCCCGUUGCCCCCGCCCCCGCUCCGUUCGGCCCCUCUGCCACCCCCAUUACCUCAGCCGCCGGCCCGGCCCCACCGUUCGGGGCCCCUGGGCGCGGGCGGGCCGGCCGUCGAGCAGGUCGGCGCGGCCCUGGGAGCGGAGCGCGGCCUCCUCCCGCGCUAGCCUCCGCGGCCACCGCCGUGCCCCCUCCCGGCCCGCGCAGGGGCCCCGGCCCGGCCGCCGCCGCCGCUCCCGGGGGAGGAGGGGGAAUGAAGCCGCUGCCGCCGCCGCUGCCGCCACGGAGCCCGGCCGAGGGGAGGGAGGGAUCAGCCCCCAGGCAGGAUCCGCCCCUCCGGCCUCCCCCCCGCCACCUCCACCCCUUCCCUCGCUCCCUCCCUGGCUCCGCGGGCUCUCCCGCUGAACAGGAGCGAGAGCGCGAAAGAGGGGGGAACGCGAAGAAAAUCCCCCCGCCCGUGCCCGGCGCAGCGGCGGCCGGGGCGGCGCGGAGAGGAGCGCGGAGCCGCCGCCGCCACGGGGCACCGUCCCCGGCUCGGCCUCACGGUGGCGGUGCGGACGCGGCAGGGGCGCGGAGCAGAGACCGGCUCUGCGCCCGCCGCGGCCGUGGCUCACCCCGGCGUACCCCGCCGCCGGGCGAACCCUACAAGACAGCGGGGGACGUUCGGGUCUGGUUGGGAAAGACCGGCAUCCCUAACUCCUUAGAGUGGUCAGUCGUCCACUCCCCCUGCUCCUGCGAGAGGUGGCUACGGUUUGGGGCAACAAACCCCCUACCCGAGCUAGAGGGCCCCUCCAGAGGUUAAGCCAGGGGAGUCAUUGGAGUCAAAACCCGUCUGUAGUUUCUUGGGGUGCAGGUGCCUGUAUUCCUCCCAGAAAGUCGCCCGCCCUCCCUGGCCGUGCUCUGGUCCGGAGGACAAAGGUCUGGCGAUGUCCAUCCCCUCCCCCAGUGAGGACAGCCGGGAAAGACCCUCUGUUGUGUACAGGCCGAAGAUUACUAGCUUUGGGACAAGACACAGAGCAGAGAAGACAGCACUAUGAACAGCCAACCCUUCACAGACACGUGUGACACCAGUGGGAGAUUCAGUGGCUCCAGUUGCUUCACGGCAUGUGUUUUAGUCAUGAGGAGUGACAAGAGCUGUAUGCAUGCAUAUGGGGCCCAUUAGAUCAGGGAAGCCAUGGUGCCGAGGGUCCGUCAGCCUAUAUGUCCUUCCAGUCACAUAGCUCCUGGAGGGAGCGUGUGCAGUUCCCAUUCUUUAGUGCACCGCACUGCAAUCUUCAAUCACCAGUGAGACAGGAAACAACAACCAGAGGCCACAUGAAUCCCAGGUGUCCUUGGAUGAGUAGUCAGCACAGAGCAACUCCAGCAAGAUGGUCCUUUCUCUCUACUGGAUAAUCACUUCACUCGCUGAUGGAAGAAGUUCCACUCAAGGUCAGACUUGUCCCUCAGCUGGAGGAAAAAAGUGACUCACCCUUUCCUUCCAGGUACUUCUCAGUGGACUCUGAAGUCUUUCCCCCUUAGACUCCCACGUGUCUUGAGUGGCAUGAUAGCACGACCAGUGCUUUUUGAGACUUGAGCAAAUGGUUGAGGGAAAUGCCAACCCGUAAUAUGGAUGAGAAAUGGUUACCAGGCACUUGGUCAACUGACAAUGAAGCCAAACACAAACAAGGAACAAAAGGAAACAAAAAUUAACGUAUAGUGAUUAUGUUGCCCUUUAUAACUUGGCUGGUGACCUCAUUGUGAGACCUAGUGUCUCAGGUCCUGUCCGUGUGGAGCCGCAAUUAUUUUGCUGUUAACUGUUACUAACUUUGAUAAUUCCCUUUAGUUAAUAUUGAAGAUUUGGGUUCUUUGUUUUCCUCGUUAUCCUUUUCAGGGCUAAAGUCAAACAUAAAUUUAGACCCCGUUUCUCUUAGAAGGUUUACAGUAGGCACCUUCUUUGUCUGAAGUAGUCCUUCUAAGCUAUAACCAUACCACCACCUACCCAGUUGUUCUCCUGAGGCACAUUUUGUCCUGUGUGGUUUUCUCUUUAGCGUAUCUCCUCUGAGUUUGAUGUUUAUAGCCUAGGCCUACAGCAUGAACUCUGUUGUGGAUUAAAUUGUGUUCCCCAAAAUGAGAUGUUGACAUCCUAAUCCCCGAUACCUGUGACUGUGACCUUAUAUGGAGAAAGGUCUUUGAAGACAUAAUUAGUAAGAUGAGGUUGUGCUGGAACAGGUUAAGCCCUAAACCCAAUGACUGGUAUGCUUAGAAGGAGGACUUUUGGAGACACACAGAGGAAAGAUGGUCAUGUGAAGAUGGGGGC